AUGAAGACUGUCGGAUGGAUUGCUUUGGGGAUUAGUCCAGCUGGAGGCAUGAAAGGUGCUGAUAUCGCAGUCGGAUGGGUUGACUCUUCUGGUAAAGUUCAUAUUCAAGAUCGAUUUGCAUUCGACAAAACAAAACCAAUCAUAGACAACACAACUCAAGAUUGGUUUGUUCUUCAAGGACAAGAACAAAAUGGAUGGACAGCCAUUCAAUUCAAACGUUACUUUGAUUCUUGUGACCCGAUGGAUGUUCCUAUUAAAGAUGUACUCAAUGAUGACCAUCUACCCGAUGGCAUAUGUGAUGAUAUUCUCACUGAAACGAGAAUCUGUUCGUCACGUUUAGCUACUGCUUGGUCAAUCGGUGCUGAUGUGACUACAGUAUAUCCGGAAGAAGCUGGUUAUCCUAUCACUACUAGUGUCGGCACUAAGUAUUUUAUGAUUAAAAUGCACUAUGACAAUCCACGACAAACUUCAAAUCUUCGAGACAGUUCAGGGAUUCGAUUUUAUCUUGGUGAUGAACUUCGACAAUAUGAUCUUGGUUACGUCUUAUUUGGAACCCUGUCUAGUCCAGCAGCUCUUGCUAUUCCACCGAAAACGGAACAGUUCAUUGUCGACUCUUAUUGCCCUCCUGAAGCCACUCGCAAUUUUCCUGUUUCUGGUAUCAACAUCGUGUCCGCCUUGCCACAUACUCACUUACAAGGUACAUGA